CUUGAGCUCGCUCACCCGGCCGCUAGCUCCAUCGCAUUUGAUACCAGACCACUCGCAGCAACUGGAUUGCGGGCUCCAAGUGGACGCUGCGGUGGUGUGGUGGGCGAGCAGUGAAACUGUCAAAACAAGGAGGAAAGACAUACUUGUUCUAGACAUUGCGACUAAAACCACGGAUCAGUGACGAGGGAUGGGGAGUUCUUAAUUGCUGUCGGUGUCAGCCACCGUUUUGGACUUCGUUCGUGAUGAAAGUACUUGUAGUUUUUUUAGUGUUUUACUCAAGCGUAUUGUCGCUUUCGCCGAGUGGUUGGGGUUUCCCCGCGAGAGUUCGAAUCUCGCAGGCGACGCAAAUCAUUUUAUGUCAUGGCUCUGGGACACAAACCGUUAAUUUAGGGUUCUUCCUUUUCAUGUCUUAAAGUGGCGAUGGCGCGGCAAGCCCGGGAAUGGGGUACUUCUCUGACGCGGAGUUGGCUGCCCUCGCUCGAUCUGCCACCGAUCUGUCACAGGCCAAGCGCGCCCAUCUCGCCAUUCUCAGGAGUUCGCGCUCGUCAACUAGCCUUUUCCUUAAAAACCAUCUUGUCGACAUGUACGCAAAAUGUGGCAGCCUCCAUGACGCCAAGGCCGUCUUCGAUUCCAUCUAUGCGCCGAAUCUCCACUCCUGGAACAUCCUUCUUGCAGCAUAUGCCGCAAAUGGGCAUCUUUUUUAUACGAAGCGUGUCUUUGAUGGUAUGGUCCAGCGGGACGUGGUAACGUGGACAACCAUGGUCAAGGCAUAUUCCGAGAGUGGUUUCUUAGAUAUGGCCAGGCUAAUGUUUGAAAGAAUGCCACAGCGGAACGCAGUGUCUUGGAACGUUGUAAUAACUGCGUAUGCCCAAUCAGGGCAUAUGGAAGAAGCUGAGACUCUCUUCAAAAUGAUACCUCAAAGGAACGUUGUAACAUGGACUACCAUGGUGGCGGGCUAUGCACAAAACGGAAAUUUACCAAAAGCAAGAUACACUUUUGACAUGGCGCCGGUUAAAAACCUUGUGACGUGGAAUACCAUGGUAGCAGCAUAUGCCCAAUGUGGGCAGAUUGAGCAUGCGAGACAGGUGUUUGAUUCCAUAGUCGAUCGUGACGAAAUCUCGUGGACCAUUAUGAUCCAGGCAUAUUCUUUGCUUGGCUACGUAGACGAGGCCGUGAGAUUCUUUCACAGAAUGACAAGCCGAGACAGGGUCGCUUGGACUACCAUGGUACAGGUAUAUGCGCAGAAUGGUUACUAUGGCGAGGCAAAGUGGGUGUUUGACUCCAUGCCAAAUCGCGACGUGGUAGCUUGGACUUACUUGAUCCAGGUGUACGGGCAGAACAAGGGUCACGCAGUUGCGAAGGAACUCUUUGACUCGGCACCCGUACGGAACCUGGUAACUUGGAAUGCGAUGAUCCAAUGUUAUGCCCAAGUUGGGCAUGGGACCGUUUUGCUGCCUUUUAUGAUCCUGGAGGGUUUUGAUCCGGAUCAAGUGACUUUUAGCAUUGUUCUCGGCACUUGCAGUCACUCUGGGUCGCUGGCAACGAGUAGAAGCGUUUUUCUGUCGAUGGUGGCGGAUCAUGGAGUUUGCGUGGAGCUGGAACACUACCGAUGUAUGAUCGACACUGUUGGGCGAUCUGGAGACUCUAGGAAUGCUCGGGAGCUUGUUGAGAGUAUGCCUUACAAGGCUGACAGUUUUGCGUGGACGAUCCUUCUCGGGGCUUGUAAUGUUAGCGGUGAUCCUGUUCAAGAACUUCAGUUUUUUUUGAAUGAGUGCCCGCCUGAUAACGUUUUGGCACGGUCUGAGCUUCAUUACCAGAAGAGCGCUUGUGCUGCCCAAGGUCAGGAUCAUGGUAUAAGGUUUGAAGUUUACAAUGACACCAUGGGAUACUUGCAAAUGAUCUUAAACCAUGCCAUAACAAAUGCUUCGCUCUAUUUCAUACGUGAAAGGAUCAAGAGGGAUAUAGUGAAGGGUGUGUGCUCUAGCCCCUUAAUGCCUUCACCACGGGGUUUCUUGUGGCCGGCUGGGGAAAUCAAGUGGCUCCAAGAGUUUUAUAAGUGCCAGAGUGAGAGUUUGAUGCUGGCAUCACUUCUUUUCCAUGCUGGGACUCUUUUCCUGAGGCUUCUAUAA